UUUCAUCCACCUGUCUCCACCAAAAAUGAAUCUAAAUUUUAAAAAUACUGAGUUCUGGAACAGUCUCCAUGGCCAGGUUCCAGGGAUGGCGGACUGGGACUUUGAGAAUGAGUUAGGCUUGUCUAGAACGACAGACCAAAACUUCUCAGGUGCACGCCAUCUUCAACGCAGAUCACCAGCAACCCCUCAGCAGCCUCAAGCGAGAAAAUCUGAUAUUGACCAAGAUGACCCUCAUAUUGAACCCAAUCUGCGAAUGUGGGUGAAUCCCAACAUUGUGUGCCCACUUGAAGUCCAGGGGACUCCAAGCCCAAAUCCAGAUCCAAAUACAAAUCCAGAACCAAAUCCAGAUUCAAAUCCAACUAUAAAUCCAGAUCCAGGUCCAAAUCCAGAACCAGAUCCAGAUCCAAAACCAAAACCAAAUCCAGAACCAGAUCCAGAGCCAGAUCCAGAGCCAAAGCCAGAUCCAAAACCAGAUCCAAAACCAGAUCCAAAGCCAAAGUCAAAGCCAAAGUCAAAGCCAAAGUCAAAGGCAAAAACAAAUCCAAAAUCAAAUCCAAAACCAGAUCCAGCUGACACAAGGAAAACCAGAAGCAAGCGCCCUUUGCCUCAGCCACCCACAAGAAAUAAAGGGUCUAGCUGCUCAGAGGCAACAGGGGCAGAAUUGCCACGUUCCCAGCAUUCUAAAAAGAAGAAGUCCUCUACCUCUUCUGUCAAAAAUGUAGAGCUCACAGAAAAGGCUGGGGGUGCACAAAAAAGCUCUUCUGCAGCCCUGCAGUCUCCUAACAAAGAAUGUGCUCAUCAGCAGAAAUCAGGGCAAGUUGACAACCAGCAGAAGUCCUGGUCAAGACCUCCUCUCAAUUAUGGCCACCUAACCGCUCUAGCAUUAAAAAACAGCUCCCCUUCUGGCCUCAACGUGCAAGGCAUCUAUAGUUUCGUUCGCCAGCAUUUCCCCUUUUUUCAAACAGCUCCAGGUGGCUGGAAGAACACCAUUCGCCACAACCUUUGCUUCCUGGGGAGCUUCAAGAAGGUGCCAGUCAACGUUCAGGAUGGGUCUAAUACAAGACCUCGUGCUUGCCUUUGGAUGCUUACUGAGGAGGGACACCGCCGCUUCCAUGAGGAAACUCGUCCAUUGGCCUUUGCUCGGAAACAGGUCAUCCAGAGAUCCAUGAGUAAUCCAGAAAUGAUUAGCUCCCUAUUUAACUUCUGAACUACCGUUUCUCCCUUUUUGGAAUAUUGUCUUCCUUUUCCUGCUUACCCAUGUCCUCACUGACCUUCAUUAGUAAUACCCAAGCUUAUUCUCCAUAUCUGAUGCCAAAUCUAUCUUUUUCAACUUUUACAAGAAUAGUGUUAAAGUGAGAGAUGAGUAUGUAAGAAGUGGGGCUUAAAUCCAGGCGGAGAGUCAUGAAAAAUUGUGUGACGAUGACAGCUGUGCAUUUUGAAGAGAGUCUUGACCCAGCACGGUAACAUGGAAGCUAAGAAAAGAAGGACAUGGACAAAUUUCAUGAGAAAUUCUGCCACCCUUUUCAUAUAUUUGCCCAUGAAAGUGGACGGUAGGAUUUAGCACAAAAUACAGGGUGUACUCAGGUCAUGUACUCAACUCAAGGGAAGACAUAUAUGCUCAAGGAGAGAGGGACUUUAUGUUCAAAGCCUGGAGAUUUGAAUGAACUCUGCAUCCAUUCAUCAGCUAUGUUUUCUUCCUAAGUAAUCCAUUUUUAUCAUCCAGAGCCUUAUGUUUUCUUUUUUUGGACCAGCCUUGUUCUGCUGUCAUCCAUUUGAAGUGCUGACAAACAAUGCCAAUUAUUUUAAUUUGGGUGUUGAAAACCUUUGAAUUGCUCCUGCAUUUACCCCAAGUCUUGAUGACAGUUUUGUAUCCCAUUCCUUCAAUUAUCAGAUCUUAACAGAAGAAAUGCCAGUGUGUCAAAAUCUAUGUCAGGUGUUAUGUGUAAAAAUGUGACAUAUGGUAGUGGGAGACAAAUAUUUGCAUGUAAUAUAAAUGUGAUGAAACAGAUGUAUGCAGUUACAGCAGGAAUGGGGA